UAGCUGCGCUGGAGUAUGUGUGUGUUUUCCUGUCACUGCUCCUCACGUCUUCCGUGUGUGUUGUGUGUUGCAGUGCUCGCAGCCGUGUUGUUUUUUAUCAUCUCCAGUCCUCACGGUGUCCCCGGAACCGAGGUGUUUGGUGCCAUCUGGCUGAUGCUGCUGUUAGGAACCGUUCACUGCCAGAUCGUCUCCACACACACUCCUAAAGCCAGCGGAGGAGGCAACGGGAAACGGCGCAGGAAGUUGAGGAAAGCGGCUCAUUUGGACAUUCAUAGAGAAGGCGACGGCUCUAGCACUACAGAUAACACACAGGAGGGGGCGCCGCCGGGCUCACUGUCAGCCGGCUCUCGCAGCCUCAUCGCUUUCUUCAGAGAUUUCUGGCAUGGUAUCUUUAAAGAGGGGUCUAAAAAGUCCAAGCUGUCCAUCGAUAAGUCCACAGAGACAGACAAUGGAUACGUGUCUCUGGACGGACGUAUCACCAGCAAAAGCAGUGAGGAGGGUUUACAGCUGCAUGAGCCUCACUGUGACCUUCUGCGCUCCGAGACGCCCUGGAGCCUCCAGAACAACAGACACCAGCUGAUCCUGCCGCCCACGGGCAAGUGUCUAUCUGAAGCUGCGGUUCCUCGUGGGGUGGAGAACAUGUCAGAUGAAGCCUCCAGUGAAGAAGACCCAGAGAACUACAGCGCCCUCCGCAGGGCAGCAGAGCGCAAGAACAGCGACUGUACACUGCGCAACAGGAAAGCACACCACUACAAGAAGCAUUACACUGCAGAGGAGCCGCUGAAGUCAGGCACCAGCUGCAGCUCACGGUGCUCCAGCUCGAGGACGCAGGACUCUGAGAGCGCGAGGCACGAGUCUGAGACCGAGGACGUCCUGUGGGAGGACUUCCUGCACUGCGCAGAAUGCCGCUCGUCCUGCACCAGUGAAACAGACGCCGACGGAUCGGCCGUCUGCUCCGGCUCCAAGAAAGAGUUCAGAGACGACCCGUUUCAUCAGGGACAUGUGCCGUGGCUCCACAGCUCUAAUCCGGGCCUAGAGCGGGUCAGUGCCAUCGUGUGGGAAGGAAACGAGUGUAAGAAAGCAGACAUGUCUGUGCUGGAGAUCAGCGGCAUGAUAAUGAACAGGGUUAAUCUCUACACCCCAGGGAUCGGCUACCAGAUCUUCGGGAAUCUGGUGUCUGUGACGCUGGGUCUGACUCCGUUUGUGUUCAGACUGUUCCAGCACAAGGAGCCGGAGCAGCUGUCGGCCGGAGAGCUGCUGUCUGUGGCCUUUGGCUCGUCUUCAGACGCUCUGGUGAUGGCCAUGGUGAGCGUCAGCUUCGUGGUGCGCGUCUGUCUCAUCUGGCUCUUCUUCUUCUUGCUCAGCGUCGCAGAGAGGACAUACAAGCAGCGGCUGCUGUUUGCAAAGUUGUUCGGUCAUUUGACGUCGGCACGAAGAGCCAGAAAAUCAGAGGUCCCUCAUUUCCGACUGAAGAAGGUGCAGAACAUUAAGAUGUGGCUGUCGCUGCGCUCUUACCUGAAGCGGAGAGGUCCUCAGCGCUCCGUGGACGUGAUCGUCUCCUCUGCGUUCCUGCUCACGCUCUCGGUGGUCUUCAUCUGCUGCGCUCAGCUGCUUCACGUGCACGAGACCUUUCUGGAGUUUCACUAUAACUGGGAGCUGGUGAUCUGGUGCUCGUCGCUGUCGCUGUACCUGCUGAGAUUCGUCACGCUGGGCUCAGAAACCAGCAAGAAGUACAGCAACACAUCCAUCUUACUAACAGAACAGAUUAACUUGUACUUGAAAAUGGAAAAGAAACCAAAUAAGAAAGAAGAACUCACUCUGGUCAACAAUGUCCUCAAACUGGCCACCAAGUUACUGAAG